AUGCAAUCGGCAGCAUACCUCGCUGCCAUCGGAGCCAUGUUGGCUGCUGUCAAGGCUGAUUCGGGAGUAGGACAGCCUGGUUAUUGCAAAGAUGAUUCGUCCUGUGAAGACAACUACGUGUGUAUUAGUGUCCAGACGACACGGUCGGGUAUUGAGAACGUCAAGCAAUGUCUACCUUAUAAAACCCAAGGUGACGUAUGUUCUGGCACGUUUUCGGGACUUUGUCCAUCCUUUUCCACGUGGAAAACUGCCUUUCAGUCAAUCAGUAGUGUCUGUGCCUAUCAGUUACCAUCUGGUUCCGACAAGUGUCUUAAGGACAAAGAGUCUGGCUCGACGGAUGGUUACGUGUCAUGCGUAACCAUUACGGAAACAGUCAAGACUAAAACCAAGAAUUUUGGUGUCAUUUAUGGCUGUGUGGACUUUGAUGGGAGCAAUCUCUUGUACCUGAAAGAUUCAGACAAUUGGGACUUGUCAGCUCAGAUGAAUUACUCGGCUGUAAUCAAUGAAGGAUGUGUGAACCCCAACAAUGGAGAGAAUUCGGACGUUGUGUGUUCUGGACGUGGUACCUGUUCUCCUCGCUCUUCGGGUGGUAUUGACUUUGCAUGUCGCUGCAAUGUCGGAUACAAUGGCACGUACUGCCAAAAGAUCGUGUCUAACAAGUGUACACUUGAGUCACAAUGCCAGGCUGGUACAUGCAACCUCAAGACUCAAGAGUGUGAGUGUGAUCCUGGUACCACUGGUGAUCAGUGUGCGUACUGUGACCCUACGUCACCGAAGGCUUGCGGUGGCCACGGCAAGUGCAUUGCUGCAUCCAGUAAGUCUUCCGGCUCACUUGCUGCUGCUGGCUCCACCGCUGACAUGAAAAGUGGCUCCAUGGCUGACAUGAAAACCGGCACCAACUCUGACAUGAAAACCGGCACCAGCUCUGACAUGAAAACCGGCACCAACUCUGACAUGAAAACCGGCACCAACUCUGACUUGACGGCGGGUUCUACUAAACCUGACCAAGCGGACAAUGCGGGUGAUAAUGCGGGCCAAGUCGCCGAUGUGGAUAGUAGUGCGGUCUCAACGGACAAUACGAACUCGGACACCUCGACUCGUUUCCUGAUGGAGAUGGCGGACGUGACUUUGUCCUCUAGUAGCGAGAGCAUGAACAUCUGUGAAUGUGAGAGCGGCUACACUGGUGACCAGUGCACACGUAAAGUGGAAUCGGACUCCAAGGGCAGCAGCAGUAAGCCCAAAGAGGGCAAGUCCAGCGACGCGGCGUCUGUGGCCACCUCUUUCGUCCUUGUGGCUUCGGUCUUCGUGGUCGCUUUCUUGAACUAG